AAUUUGUGGACACGAAGCUCAAUAACAGUGACCUUCCACCUGCCGUACAAUGGACGUGUUGGACACGCAACCCAUAGAAACGCUCGUUGAGCGGCACGAUCGCAAACAUGGCGUACAGGAAGUCCGCAUCCCGGUGCCUUUUGGUGAAUUGGCCGGUAAGUGGUGGGGCCCACGAAACGUUCGACCGAUCGUGUGUCUGCAUGGAUGGCAAGAUAAUGCCGGUUCGUUUGACACCCUGAUCCCGCUGCUUCCGUCCCACAUGAGCUUUCUUGCACUGGAUCUACCGGGACACGGCUAUUCGUCGCGAAUUCCGGACGGUAUGUCCUACCAACCGAUGAACGUCUUCUAUCUGCUCAACUUCGUAAUGAACGAGUAUGGCUGGAAAAAGAUCUCGCUCAUGAGCCACUCGAUGGGUUCGGUACUGCACUAUCCGUACGCAGGCAUCUUCCCUUCCCGUGUCGAUUUUCUGAUCUCGAUCGAUGCACUGAAGCCACAAAUCUUUCGCCCAGAAGUGCUUGUUUCGAUGCUGAGUGAUCUUACGCCCGAAUUCCUGAAGGCGGAUCUGAGGAAUCAAGAGAAAUCGGAACCACCAUCCUACACAUACGAGGAAACCGUUAAUCGGCUUUACGAAGGUGCAGUGAAUUCAAUCACGCGCGAAUCUUGUCCAUUUCUGCUGCAGCGCAACCUCCGCAAAUCAACCAAAUUUCCCGAAAAGUACUAUUUUGCACGGGACAGCCGGUUAAAGUAUGGGCUAGGGUUUCUCUGGUCACAGGACGUUAACAAACGGUUGGCGCAAAAUCUGACGAUGCCGUUUCUGUUUAUCAAAGCGACCGAAUCACCAUACUGGGAGCGGAAGCAGUACUACGAUGAGGUGAUCGAAAUACUGGAGCGUAACAAUUCACGGUUCGAGUUACGAUAUGUGGAAGGGACGCACCAUGUGCAUCUGUCGCAUCCGGAGCGAGUUGCACCAGUGGUGACGGAUUUUUUGAAUCGCUACUGGCAGAAGGAUGAAGAUGUUGCGAGCAAGCUGUAGAUGCAUUUUUGCAAUGGAAGUUUUGCAAUCGUUGGUUUGGGGUAUCUUUGUUAUGAUUAGUUAAUAAACAAUGCCAACGACGGGAAAGUUGGUUAAGGUGGUUCUUAUUACCUAUAAGUUCA